AUGGCCUUCGAGAAAGAAGUCGAGGGCACUAUCUCCUCUUCCAUUUCAUCAACUGCUUCGUCAGAGAAAAACGAAAACUAUGAGUUUUACAGACAGCACCGAGAUCUCGAAUAUACGCCACAAGAAGCCAAAGAUGUUCUUCGAAAAAUCGACAUUCGUUUGAUUCCAUUACUAUUUUUAAUUUAUUUGCUCCAGUAUUUGGACAAGAACAGUAUCAACUUUGCGUCGGUAUACGGGCUGAAGGAGGCAACCCACUUGAAGGGACAAGAGUACUCAUGGCUGAGCUCUAUCUUCUACUUUGGAUACCUCGUUGCACAAUAUCCUGCUGGAUUAGCAAUGCAAAAAUUACCCGCCGGCAAGUUUCUUGCUAUCACCACUUUAAUAUGGGGUGGUUUACUCAUGACAACACCGGCGUGCAAAAACUUCGCUGGACUCGCGAGCAAUCGUUUCCUUCUAGGUGCGCUCGAAGCUGUUGUGACUCCGGGAUUUGUUCUUGUGACGGGUAUGUGGUACACAACGGAGGAGCAACCAUUCCGACUGGCUUGUUGGUACUGCACUAAUGGUAUCGCUACAAUGUUUGGAGGUUUAAUUGGCUAUGCCGUAGGGCACAUCACUACCGGGCUGCCACGCUGGAUGUAUGUCUUCCUCAUUUUCGGCGCAGUCUCUGUCACAGUGGGAAUUUUCGCCCUCAUCUUCCUCCCGGAUCUUCCAUCGACAGCCAGAUUUCUUACCGAGCGCGAGAGGGCCAUUGCUAUUGAUCGUGUCGCAAUCAAUCGACAGGGUAUCAAAGAUCGUCGGUUCAAAUGGUAUCAGGACCGACAAGCAGCUCAAGAUCCGAAGACUUGGCUUUUAUUUGUGAUGGCAAUUGGAGCACAAGUUCCGAACUCGGCAUUGACCAGCUUUACUUCAAUCAUCGUUGGAACGUUUGGAUUCGAUACUCUUGGAACACAGUACUUACAAAUCCCUGGCGGUGCUGUCCAAUUUGUCACUCUUCUUCUGGGAGGCUAUAUCGCAACAAAGUUCGAUGGCAAGUUCCACUCGCGGUUUACCUGUAUGAUCUUUGCUUGCACAGUGUGCAUUAUCGGAGGCGGUCUCCUCGUCGGAUUGCCCAACGAGAACAAGUGGGGCCGCCUUGUUGGGCUUUGGCUAUGUUAUUUCCAAGGACUGGGAUUCAGCAUGAGCUUGACAAUGGUCAGCUCCAACAUUGCUGGAUACACCAAGAAGCAAGUCACCGGUGCUCUAUUGUUCACUGGAUACUGCGUGGGAAACAUUAUCGGACCACAGACGUUCAAGUCUAGUGAGGCUCCCGGAUACCACAGUGCUUAUAUUGCGAUGCUCGCAGGCUAUACGAUCAAGUUGGUCGCUAUCGUUGCCUUGUAUAUUUACAUGUAUCUCGAGAACAAGCGUCGAGAUCGUGCAGUAAUCGAUGGCCAAGAGGUCGAGACUGACGGGAUUGAGAAGGGAAUGCUGGAUCAAACGGAGAUCGAGAACAAAGCAUUCAGAUACGUCUUAUGA